AAACGUGAAGACUCGUCAGAGUUCAAAGUGUUGCACUUCCUGUUUGGCGGUAACGCGUGUCUUCUGGUUUAGGGAAGAGCUAACGUUGUUGUGACGAAACGCUCCCAAACGUUUAGUUUGUUUAUCAAGCAUAUUUAUUUUUUGAACAAAAUGAGUUUACCUCUGAACCCGAAGCCUUUCCUGAACGGCCUGACAGGUAAACCCGUGAUGGUGAAGCUGAAGUGGGGUAUGGAGUAUAAAGGCUACCUGGUGUCUGUGGACGGAUACAUGAACAUGCAGCUGGCAAACACAGAAGAGUUUGUGGACGGAGCGUUGGCAGGUCAUCUAGGUGAAGUGCUUAUCAGGUGCAAUAAUGUGUUGUACAUCAGAGGCGUAGAAGAGGAGGAAGAAGACGGAGAAAUGAGGGAGUGAUGCUGGCGGAGAAGAGUCUGUUUCAGUGUGAUUGAACCUCGUAGUUGAUUUUUUUUUUUGUGUGUGUGUUUGUGUUUUCACCAUGUGAAACAAAC